GCGGCAGCGGCGCGGUAGAAGAUGGCUGCGGCGGGGUCGGGGUCGAGCUCAGGCUCGGGGCGGGCGGCGGCGCGGGCUCGGCCGGGACCCGGCCGGUUCCGGGGCUGCUUGGCCGGGGCGUUGCUGGGGGACUGCCUGGGCGCCGUGUUCGAAGGCAGAAGCGUCGUGAAGCUGCCGGAUCUGCUGAGCUUCCUCCGAGGCCUGGAGCCGGCGCCCGGGCCGCCGGAUGAGGGCGAAGCGGCCGGCAGCGCCCGCAGAGAAACGCUCUCGUACACGGACGACACGGCCAUGAGCAGGUCCGUGGUGCAGUCCCUGCUGGCCAAGAGGGAGUUCGAUGAAGUUGAUAUGGCCAAGAGGUUUGCUGAGGAGUACAAGAAGGAACCCAACAGGGGCUAUGGGAUGGCUGUUGUCAAUGUCUUCAAGAAGCUCUUGAGCCCCAAGUGCAGUGAUGUCUUUGAACCAGCAAGAGCCCAGUUCAAUGGGAAAGGCUCCUAUGGCAAUGGUGGUGCCAUGAGGGUGGCAGGCAUCUCUCUCGCCUACUCUGAUGUCCAGGAUGUCAAGAAGUUUGCGAAGCUGAGUGCUGAACUGACCCAUGCCAACUCCCUGGGCUACAACGGAGCCAUCCUGCAGGCCCUGGCUGUGCAUCUUGCCCUGCAGGGAGAGGUCAGCAAAGAGACCUUCCUGGAGCAGCUCAUUAGCCACAUGGAAGAUGUAGAGGCAGAUGAUAAGUCUCUUACUGACGCACGAGCGCUGGGAUUUGAAGAUUUACCCUUUUCAAGGCGCCUAAAGAAAAUAAAGGAAUUCUUGGAACUCAGCAGUGUUCCAAAAGCAGAUGUAUUGUUUGAACUGGGCAAUGGCAUCGCCGCUCUGAGGUCUGUCCCUACUGCGAUUUACUCCUUCCUGCACUGUAUGGAGGCUGACCCAGACAUUCCUGAUCACUACAACAACCUGCAGAGGACCAUCAUCUACUGUAUCUCUCUGGGUGGAGACACAGACACUAUUGCUACCAUGGCAGGAGCUAUUGCAGGAGCUUAUUAUGGGGAGGAGCAGAUACCCCCAAGUUGGGAGGAGAGCUGUGAAGCUUUUCAAGAGACACGGAAGCUGGCAAAUAGCAUGUAUGAACUCUACUGCCAGCGGCUCUGAGCGCCGAGGGGAGCGUGGUUUGGAAGGCAAAGGCAGAUGGUCACCUCUGCUUUGCUGGCCAGGAUCUGGUGGUGGAUCCACACUGCAGGCACCUGUGAGCCUCCACCUGAGCCAGAUGCUGCUGUGAGCUGAGCUGGAGGCACAAGCUGGUUCAGAAGAGGAGAUACACCCUUCAGUUGCAGUUUGGCUGGGAAGGGGCUGCAUGUGGCACUUGGACAGUGGGUGCAUCUCCUCUGAAGUGUACAGGGGCAUCUCGUUUCUCAUGAGAUUCCUGCUGCUUGCUUUGUCCACCAUUAUGCCAUUUUGUCAUUGCAGUUAUUCGGUGGGUGUCUGAAUUUACUUUCUUGCUGGUUCCCUCUGCUCCACUGUGCUGUGGCCUUUGUUUCAGUGGCCUGUCCUGCAGUGGCUUAAAUAGUCUCCACACCCCUCUUAAAAGAGCAGCUCCCACUCAGUCACCAGUUCAGGGGUGGAGGUGGGAGCUGUCAGAGGUACUUCCCUGGAGGAUGUCCUGCAUGCAGCAGAGCUUGCUACCCUUGUUGUGGAGUGAGGAUGCUGGAGGGUAGAUGUCCCAGGGAGGUUUGCUUCCCUGAAGGCAGAACGAGCAGUGGCAGAGGUUGGAGAAUGGCUUCCUUUGCAUUGCUGGUAGUGCUGGGAGAAAUGCCUUUGGUGCAUGCAGGGUCCCUGUUGCUGCUGGAAGGGGGUGGGACUCAUUACUGCUCUUUGCUCUGUUAUCUACCUGGCACCAUCCUCAUCUAUUGCAUUCUGUGGUCCCUUACACGCUGGCUUUCACAUGGCUGAACCUGCUCCUUUGUUCCAAAUCUGUGCAUCCUGCAUUCUUAAUGCUGUCCUGUGCAUGUCCAGAGCACCACAUGAGUUGCUGUUUAAAUCUGUGGGUGAGGAUAGUUGUGAAACCUGGUGUUUAACAAGCACUGAACUCCUGGUUCUGCUGCCAUCAGUGACAGAAACUACCUCAGCAGGAAGCAGGAGUUACUUCUUACAGCUUUAAAACUCUGUGCUUGGUAAGAAUCAUUUGAAAAUAAAGGGAAAUGUAGUUAA